AUGCCAUUCCCCGUAUCGGUGCAGGUCAAUAUCCCCUUUGGAUCUAUUGAACAGGCAAGAAUUGCUCGUGAUGCUCUCAGACCAGACCCUGUCCUCAAGUCUGACCAGUCCUCGUUGGAGUAUUCUGUGCAAGACUCUCAAUUGAACAUCUCGGUGAGGGGGGUCGACGACAGAAUAGUGAGGGUAUCUGUCAACAACGUACUGGAAAAUCUAAAGACCAUAAUUGAGUGUUUUGAAGUCUUCUCGCAGUCGGGUUGA